AUGCCAAACGAGAGCAGCUUCUCCAGCAGGAUUCUCUUCUUGCUCAGCCUCAUCACCCUGAGCGUGUCCCUCAUAAUAAUAUCCUUCAACCUCGCCCUCACACACGAGAACAACGAGAUCUUGCUCGGAGCGACAGUAACAAACCAACAUGUCAACCAGGGAGCAUUUCGCGUGGCGACUUGCGAUGUAGCAGCAUAUGCGGAUAUGAAGACGAGGUGGAGGACAGUUGAGUUGCCAGCUGAGACUGUCACGGAGACUGUUACAGAAACGAUGAAGGUCUUGGGAGUUAAAAAGCCUACAGGAGCGACAAGUGUCAGAGUUGAAGCCUCGGCAUUGCUCACACUUGUGCCACACAGUCUGCCGACGAAAGAUUCCGACGGGAGUGCGCUGAAGAAGAAGAUGGCAAUCAGGGGAGGCUCAAGGAACCCGCAUCUUGUUGACGUGAACAAGCCCGAGAUACAGAUGUGA